CCUGUGCAGGACAGCGCCAGGAGUCACACCAUGUGCCUUAGAGCGUUGUCCAAGCACUUCUUGGACUCUGGCAAUUUUGAUGCUGUGACCUAUGCCCUGGGGAAGUUCCAGUUUCAGUGCCCAAACACCCUCUAGAACUGUGGAACCAUUGGAAUAUUACAGGAGGUUUUUGAAAGAGAAUUGUCGGCCUGAUGGAAGAGAGUUAGGUGAAUUUCGGACAACCACUGUCAACAUAGGUUCAAUUACAACUGCAGAUGGUUCUGCCCUGGUGAAGUUAGGAAAUACCACGGUGAUUUGUGGAGUAAAAGCGGAACUUGCUGCACCAGCAGUGGAUUCUGCUGAUAAGGGAUAUAUUGUUCCAAAUGUAGAGCUGCCAUCCCUCUGUGCAGAGAGGUUUCGCUCUGGACCACCGGGUGAAGAGGCUCAAGCAGCGAGCCAGUUCAUUGCAGAUGUGCUUGAAAAUUCACAGAUGAUAGUGAAAGAAGAUCUGUGUAUUGCCAAUGGCAAGCUUGCUUGGGUGUUAUACUGUGACAUCAUAUGUCUGGACUAUGAUGGAAACCUUCUGGAUGCCAGUGUCUUUGCUUUGUUGGCAGCAUUAAAAAAUGACCAUUGUAUUCGUUUCAUCUCUUCAGUACAAUUGCCGUCAGUUACGAUAAAUGAAGAAACUGGUCUAUCAGAAGUUAACUUAAAACAGAAGAAUCCUUUGAUUAUCAGAAAACAUCCGGUUGCCACAUCAUUUGCUGUAUUUGAUGACACGUUACUCAUUGUUGAUCCAACUGCUGAAGAAGAAGAUUUAGCAACUGGAACAGUAACCAUUGUAACUGAUGAAGAAGGCAGACUGUGUUCUGUCCAUAAACCAGGUGGAAGUCCUCUUACAGGAGCCAAGCUUCAGGACUGUAUCACCAGAGCAAUUACAAGACACAAAGAAGUAAAGAAGCUGAUAGACAAAGUAAUAAAAAGUAUAACACCCAAGUGAACAAAAAGAGAGCUCUUUUCAAAAAUGGAUUUGUAAAAAUUGUAUUUGUUACAGUGUUCACAAACCUUUCAUACUAAAUAAACAAAUACCAAUACUACA